ACGUUCAUUACACGUAGACGCCGCGCCAAAGUCUGUUCUGGUUGGCUGUUUAGAUGUCAGCCAGCUCCAGUAGCGUUAGCAGCGAAAGUGUGCUGGUACCUGUUUGUGCUCUGACUUGACUGAAUGCACAGAAACACCUAAACACCGCCUGAUCAAACUGAAGAAAUCAAAGAGGGGGUUCCUGUAAGUCUCCAAUAUGGGGGCCCUGAUAUCCAGAUGGAAGACCAAACCAACCACAGUUGAUCAGCUUGAGAGCCUGGACAAGGAAAUUAAAGAGUUGGAAGAGUUCAGAGCCAAAAACCAGCGUUUGCAAAAGCUAUGGGUUGGCCGGUUGCUUCUCUACUCGUCUGUCCUUUACCUGUUGACGUCUCUGGCGGUUUACUGUCUCUACCUACCUGAGCAAUGGUUGCAGAGAAUAGCCAUGGCCCUGCCUUUCUUCAUAUAUCCUGUGCUCGUCUGGUUCAUCAGGAAGUUAUUGAUUUUCCUAUUUUCCAAACGCACUGAGAGAAACAGUGAUAAACUUGAAGACUUAAAGGCUGCCAAGAAAAAGAUUCUGGAGGAAGUCAUGGAGACGGAGACAUACAAAAAUGCCAAACUCAUACUGGAACGCUUUGAUCCCGAAGCUAAAAAGAAAGCUGAACUGGAAUCGACUCCGGUGCGGUCUCAGAUAACUCCCAGGCCAGGACAAGAGAUUCGCCAGAGGGGUGUGGCAAUGAGACCCAUGCCGAUGGGUACCCCAUCUGGAAUGAUGAUGACACCCCCACCGGGAGCACGGCCCAUGAUGGGACCAGGGGGCACCCCUGUGGAACCUGUUCCUCUCUCAGCUCCAGGGGGACCGCCGGAGAGAUCUGCCAUGUCUGCCUCUGUCCUCCAAGGGGCAGUGCCCAGGACCCCCUGCUCCCCUAUACCAGGUGUAGGCUUACACCCUCCAGGCCCCCCAUUAGCAAGACCCAUUUUGCCCAAAGACCGGGGAGCCAUGGACAGAGUCAUCGAGUACCUGGUAGGAGAUGGACCACAGAACAGAUAUGCACUGAUCUGCCAGCAGUGUUACUCUCAUAAUGGCAUGGCUCUAAAAGAGGAAUUUGAAUAUCUAGCCUUUCGUUGUGCGUAUUGUUACUUUUUGAAUCCAGCCAGGAAGACACGUCCCCAGGCUCCCAGGCUUCCAGAGUUCAGCUAUGAGAAGAGGCUGCGGGCGGAAUCACGUUCCCCUGGACCAGCACCACGGUCUGGGACAGACACAGAGGAUAGUGCGCCCCCUUCUGGAGCCAAAGCUCCAGCUCCGUGGAAUUUGGUCCACAGUUUCUCCAGUUUCCAGAUCCAGCCGAGUCCAAAGAACCCUCAGAACCAACCUCUGCAGAGUCCAGAUGAGAAAGAAACUGGAGAAGAAGAAGUUAGAGCUGAGGAAGUCGAGGAGAGUCAAUCAGAGCGGCAGCAGGAGCAGGAGCAGGAGAAAGAGGAAGAGGUAGUGGUGCGGGAGGAGGAGGCAGAUGACGAAUGGCAGCAGAGUCACACCGAAACCUGUGUGGCAGAAUCUCAGCCGUCGUAGUUGCAGAGAGUUCAGAAAAGGACCGGAGACGUGAGACUGUUCUGUCCAAACAAAAGCUGUUGGUCAUGGUAGAUGGUGGCAUUUAAAUGCAGUAUUGAUGGAUAAGAUCGUCACCAACAAUAAUUUAAUGAGUCUGUCAUAUUUAUUAUUUAAGAGUAAAAUUGUCCAACAUUAUUGCCUAAAAUGACGCAGAUUUAUCACGGUCGCGGCAGUGUGAGCGGUCAACUUAGAAGGUGUCAGAGUGAUGAUUGUAGUUUUAUAUCUUAGGGCUGUUUCUUGAUUGAGUAGUUGGCUGUUGAUAUGUCACUGUAGGUGGUAACAGACAAACUGACACAGUUUAAUGAGCUAUGAAUUACACUGUAAGUUCCUUUUAGGUUUAAAAUAGGUCGGUACUGUGGGAUUUGUUUAAGGAAAGUUUAGAUAGGACUGCUGGUUCACACAAACCAGAACAUCAACAGUUGUGUUUACACUAUAUGCAUACAAGUGUGCUGUUAAGUUUCAGGGUACUGAUGUGGCUUUUAUGCGAUCUUUCUGCUUUUAACCACUUAUUUAAGAUUUUAAUUCAAUAUUUAAACACUUGGCACCAACAAUAGGUUUGUUAUAAUUUUACCAAACAUUGAUUCAUGUGUGCAUUUUGCCCUGGUGAUUAUUUGGUUUCAUCAGCGUGUCUCCUGCACUGAAAUGUGUUUGAGUAGACAGAACAGAGCAAUAGACCAGAGUAGAGCGAAAACUACCACGUGCAUCUCCAGAGAGCGACAACCAGAGUUACACAUCACAAACACCAUCUGCUGGAAGCCCGCUCCAGAUGAUGGAAAGACUAAAUUAGAUGCAUUCUUAACUUUUUGCAAGACGAUAGCAAAUUAUUCUUGGUAAUGUUUAACUUUGAGCUGAAAGCUGUGAUUCCCCCUCUAAAUGAACACAGAUCUGCGUUUUCUUUUGAGCAGAGGCACAUGCUUGUUAGGAAGCUUGUCUAACUGUGCAGUAGAGAGUGUCACGCUUAAUUGGUGGCUCAUGAAUCUUUUGAGAAAACAUUCGAAAAUGGACUGAAAACACAACACUGACAUGACAUACUGGAGAACACUGCAUAGUGAGAAAACAUGACCAAAAGUUUGGAUUAUGGCUCAUCUUCCAAAUUUUGUUUGAAAACUUCAAAAAACAAAAUGAUGGACAGUCUGCCUGGGUAAAGCCAUGGCCACAGACAGUGACAACAACAAGCUUUUCAAGCGUGUUACACAUUUUUCACGGUCAGAGUUCAUACUGAGCCUCGGCGGUUGUGUUGUCUCACUUGGCUGCAUUUCUCCAGAUGCUGAGCAGGAGCGAAACUCAUCUGAUGACUUGCUAAUUUCCCUCACCAUAUUGAGAAAAUCAAAAUUUAAAUGAGGUUGUUGGUUCUGUUGUUUGUUUUUAUUCAGAUAGUGUUUGUCCAACUAACUUAAAUUAUUAGUCUGAGUGUACGUUUACGUGUUGAAUUAGCUAAGGUAAAGUGUGAAAUCUACCGUUCUAUACGUUUAGCACGCAGAAGAAACAAAAAGUCUGGAGAUGAAACUGCCAAUAUAUUUGCGUUUAUUGCCAAACAUGUUCUCAGUAGGGCUGUACUUUGCCAAAUGCAUUGUUGUUUUAUCUAAAUUUGAUUACUGCAUUUGCACUGAGGUUUGUCAUUUUGUAUUUGUUUGACUGUUUUGUGUUUUAAUUUGUAGUUCAAGACAUCGCUGCACUGGUUUUGAACACUUUUAGACCACAAUCUGAACUAAGAAAGUAGGUUGUCAUAUCUAUUGAUCUGCUCUUUUCUGUCCCUCAUUUUCAUUGUUCAUAGAAGGUACUUGGUGCCAUCAUACUGUGUGCCUUGGUUACCGCUGGCUUACCCAUUAGUGUCCAGUGUAACCUGUCCUUUGUCUAGUUGCAGGUGUAGGGAAGGAAAUUCAUUCUUUGGCAACACGAAGGCCUGGUGUUAUUAAGUGGAACCAGAAUGGACAGUGGAUGUCUAUGCAAAUGAAAUGUGUUGUAAAGGUCUGCUCCCCCCUUAGAUAAUCGGAUACAGUAUCAUUUUGGGGGUAUACAGAUGACACGUUUGACAAAUUUAGAUUCAAUGCGUUUACAUUCAAGUGGACAGUGUGAGAUUUUCACUGAUUUUGUUCUAUGAAUUAAGUGUCUCUACAUGUCAUCUCCAGCUUGACACUUCAUAUUUGUCCUUGCCUCCUUUCACUCCACAGCUUUGUCGCGUACUGUUGUUGCAGUAUUACCAAGCUUUUUAUUCCCAGUAAUUCAAGCUGGAGGGAACAGUGGUUAAAGCUGUCAAUAUAAUAUACAAGAGAACAAAUUGUGUCACAGACACGUGUAAUACCUGUUUACUUUGUAGUUUUGCUUUGCUAGAUUUAUGAAGCGCAUCUCUGCCAAUGCUGUUUGUCAUGAAGUGUGUGCAUGGCACGCCUAAUAAAGUUUUUCAGCA